UUUAAUUUUAAUUAUUUAUAUAACAUCUAGUCGGAUGAAUUAUUAUUAGAAAUGGAUGAUAUGCUUUCAUUGAGAUGACAUCUAUCAAGCCUUUGCAAUUGACUUUAGCCAUCAUGAAACCUCAUGUGGUGUGCAGUCCAUUUUCUUUGCUCGAUAUUAGGCGAACAAUACUGGACAAUGGUUUUUACGUUGUACGAUCAAAGCGUCAAACCAUUAAACUGGAACAGGCAGAGCAAUUUUAUGGAGAGCAUAAGACAAAGUUUUUUUACAAUAGACUCAUCACAUUCAUGACAAGUGGACCAUCAGAAGCAUAUAUAUUGGCCAGAGAAGAUGCGAUCUCAGUUUGGCGYCAGUUAAUGGGUCCAACUAAAGUUUUCCAAUGUCAGCUAAGUAAUCCUGAUUCUAUAAGAGCUAAACAUGGACUCACAGAUACUAGAAACGCCACACAUGGAUCUGGUAAUAUUGUUUUUAUUUGAUGUAUUGAUCAAUAGAGUUAUUAUACUUAUCUUAAAAAAUAUUCAUAAACUCUUACAUUUAUAGUAAUACCUUWAAAUAAUUAGACUGUACUUUUAAUGGUAAAAUGGAAUAAGUUAUAAUACAUUUUGCUGAUUUGAAUGUUGUAGAUUUUAUACUCUUCAUCAUUAGUACUUAGUAGGUACAGAAAGAAUAUAUAAUUAAUUGUUUUAUUCUUUAUGCYCGUGAUUGACUUUUUUUUUGGACUCUCUAGAAAAUCAGUGAAGUCAAAAGGAGCAUAAUAUUGACAUACAUAAUAUAUGUUACAAA